CGGACCGACAUUCUGGUUUCUCUCUCUUGACAAUGCCUCUAUUGCGCCGGGGUCCCAUCUGCCACGGAUGCCAGCAACGCUCGUCACAGGCUCUGCAGAGUCCUGUUCGACAGUUUCAGUGCGAGCAUUGCGAGGCCCUGAACUAUUUUGACGAGCAUGGCGAUAUAGCAGAUCCACCACCACAAGUCACGGAUCCUUUCGCAGCGUCCUCCUUACCGUCUGUGCAGUAUGCAUAUCAAGUUCCUCGUCCGUCGACGCCGCUGCCGUCAGCAACGCAAGAUACGCUGUUCUGUGCAGACUGCGUGAAGAACCAGCAGUACUACACCGAUGCCUUGUCAAACUAUCUUCCGCCGCCCGAUGACCCUUCAUAUGAAAAGUAUGAAGCCGCGUAUAAUGACUGGAAGAGGAGCCUAGAAGAGCGUUAUCCGCAAGUAUGUGCGACGUGCCUGCCACGAGUCAGACAGAAGUUGAAGGAUACUCGAUAUGCGACCAUAACAGAGGACCUGCGGCGGAAAAUGCUGCGCAGCAAACAUGGGCUCCCUAUAAGUUACAACCAGAUGCUGUCCAGGCGUGGUGUAUUCUACAUUCUUGCCGGUGCGGGAUGGUGGCUCAGCAUACUAUCACAGCUUGCAUGGCAUGCUUUGGGCUUGUUGAUCGCGCAAGGAAGCUAUCACGACGACGAUGAGAUUUUACCGAGCACAUGGCAAUGUGGAGAACGCCUUUGGAAAGCUCACGAGAUAUCAUGGCCAUGCUUCGAGCAUGUCACCCCAUUGCUAUUACCCUCACUCCUCAUCGGUUUCCUAUGCUGCUGGUGGCAUCCCACUCUAAUAAAAAAGAUGCACGCUUCGGGCGGGAGAAUGAAGGGGCAAAAGAACUACCUACAGCUGCAGUUGGUAACCCUGACCAUCAGGCUAGGACUAUGGCGAUUCCUGCGAGAGCCAUUCUUCCUAACACCACAAGCAUUCAAAGGAGCCCAUACCGCAGCACUGGCAUUCCUCCUCAUCAUGAUCAUCGCUUCCAUACGAGCAAUCCACAUCGACUACACGCCUCGCUUCACAUUCAAAGAACUCCAAGAACCAGCAGCACCCAAACCCUCCCCAGGAUCCCGCACACCAGCUACCUCCAACCCUCACACAUCACCCACCACCUUCCAACCCUCACCCCUCCGCGUCGAGCCCUUCCCCAUCACCAAACUAGCCCCGACAUCACCACACCACUCCCCCAACAAAUCAGACCCAGAAAGCAGCCCAGACGACGACGACGACAACGACAACAACACCGCAGCAGACAUCGACGAAAUGGACUGGACCCCCACAAGACGCGACUCCUCAACCAGCUUCCGACCCUCCAAACCCCUAACCUCAACAACCCCCUUCAACCACCCACCCAACCAAAUAAUCACACACCCAAUCCCCUCCCCCUUCUUCGGCACCCUCCCCUCCGCACCCCUCACGCCCGCCCACCGCGCCCGCAAUCCACCGCAACGCCCCCUCUUCAAAGCGACCCCGCUCGCCAAACAGCAGGACUUUUUCACCAGCAUGAUGCUGAAGGGCGCAGCGCAGAACAGUAAUACACGGGGUUCUGCACAGCAGCAGCAGCAACAAACACAACAAACACAGCAACAACAGACAACACCAUUCACCCUCACCCCCGCCACCCUGAACCUGGCCGAAGAUCCCGUCGAGACCGGGCUGGAGAGCAUCUUUGACAAUUUCUUUACCAUUGCGGAUGAGCCGGCGGAGGUGCGGGCUGUGCGGGCGCGGACUGCGCGGAGUGCGCGGAGGGAUUGGUGGGCUGUGGUGCGGAUGGUGGGUGUUUGGAUUAGUCCGUUGGUUGUGGGUGUGGGGGUGAUGUAUGCUUGGGCUGGGUGGCGGGGUGGUGGUGGUUAUGGUGAUGCUAGGGGGCAGGUGGGAAAGGGGCGGCAGAUGCCGGUUCGGUUGCCGUUGGGGGGGACGUGGGUUGAGAUGGAUGGUUAUGGUGGGUAGUGGGUGGGUGGGUUGGUUGUUCGUGGUGGUGAUAAGUUGUGUUUUUCUUGUUUGAGGCUCGUGUUCACUCUGUUGUGGCGUGCAUAAGCAAUCGUACGAUUGGUGUUUGUAGAGCGUGGUCGAACUC